AUGAUUUUAGGAAUAAAAUUCUCGAAUUAUUAAAUAUAUUCAUUUGAUUUUAAUAACUUUUAGAAUCCUGAAAACGAAGAUAUUAUUGGAUUUACUGAUAAAGGCAAUGCUUUUGUCGUAAAAGAUCAAAGCAAAUUGAGUAAUGAGAUCCUCCCAACCCAUUUUAAACACCAUAACUUCAGUUCUUUUAUAAGAUAAUUAAAUAUGUAUGGAUUCAAGAAAAUUCGCAAUGUUAACAAUCAAAAUGAAUUUAGUCAUUAUUAUUUCAGACGAAACAUGGAGUAUUUGAAACAUCUUAAUCUAGAAACCUUUUAGUCAAUAUACCAAGGAGAAAUGGCGGGGUUAAGGCCAAAAAGGAAAAAUCCAUUAUAUUGAAAAAUAAAAAAGUGAAAUAAAUCCAGGAGGACCUAUUUGAGAAAUAUAAUUCUUUGAAAUAAGACAUUUAAAAUAUCAACAUUGAAUCCAACUUCAUAAGUAAACAAGUAGAAUAGGUAUAUUUUUGUAAUGCUAUUAGUUCUAAAACACUCAAUCCACGCUGCUUGAGUCCUAUCACUCUAUAUUCAUGGAAUUCAGUGUCAUCAAGAACAAGCGCCAAACCUAUAAUGAUUUGAUGUGCCAAUUGCUUUUUAAAUUGACCACUGCCUCUCCUAAUGAAUAAAUACAAAGUAUUAUAACCAAAUUAAUAAUUUAGACAUGGUUCAAAAAUUCAAUAAUACAAAUCAAAAUACUAUGAGCAACGGAGCUGGAAGUUCUGAUAACAACAACGAACAGAAUGGAGGAUCUAGUAAAGAUGGUAAUUCUAAACUUCUAUCAUAGAUACAAAUUAGAGCAAUGGAAGCAAUCCCCAAUUAGAAGAAGAAAGAAUAAAGUCUGUAUGA